UAUCGAAUAAUCAUCUGGCCGCCAAACUGCUGCGGACAACUGCAAGUGAGCAAGCAACAAGGCAGAGGAAGGCAAGAAGCGAAAGCGCCAAACACACCACAACACAACACAACGCCUGUUGUGUCUGUGUGCUCGGGGCGCACAAAGACUCGACGAGGCUCAGCCCAGUGCUGCUGACACCAAAGGUACAAUGGAGGGCGCAGAUCAGCUUGCGGCUGAAGACAGCGACAGUGCCGCCAUGGCCACGCAUGAUGAACCCGCCACACGAGCAAAUGGCAACAACAGCAACAAGCACAGCAGCAGCGACUCUGAUGACACAGCGCCCAGCACAGCCAGUGCAUCCAAGGGCGUGUCGACCGACAAUGGCGCCACGCACGGCGGGAAGGGGAUGCAGAACAAGCAGAGCAGCAGCCAGCUGGCGGCGCAGCCGAUGCGUGCGUCUCUCCGCAGUCGCCGCUCGCAGCCGCUCCAGUUGACAGAGAUCCCCGAAAACUCGCCACCCAUACAGGAGGACGUGGUCAUCAGCAGCAGCAGCGACGACGACGAUGACGAUGACGAGGAGGAGGAGGAUGACGGUAACGACGGUGACAGCUUGAGCGGCGGUGGUCCAAAGGCAAAGAGGAGCAAAGUUGACGACAACCGCGCGUCCAGACCCAAAUCACAUCGCAGUCGUCACCACGUGCACCGCGCACACAACAACAGCAGCAGCGACGGCGACGACGAGUCUGCGGAUGAAAAUGCCUCCCAAGCUGCACGCGACAACAGCUCCGACGACCACGUCGACGAUGAUGACAGUGAUGGGGACGACACUGAGCUGAUGGUGUCCCCGUUUGACCCAGCACAGGCAACACCGAGGAACAAACAGAAGGACACGUCUGCACCAUUCACUGCGCAAACAGACAGCCCACCUCGCUCGGCAGUCCGUCGACCAGAUGACGACGACGACGAGGAGGACGAUGACGACGACGAGGACAAUGGUGAUGCAAGUGACGCGAGUGGCGGCAAAGACAAAACAGACGAAAGCAGGGGUGGGUCCGCUCGUGCGCGUGAUGUGCGUCGCAGUGACAGUACCGACAGCGUUGAUCUUGUGCCGGUGAGCCCACAGCGUCGCGUGUCGUCUUCGCAGCAGCAGCAGCAACAGCAGCAGCAACAGCAGCAACAGCAGCAAGACAGAGGGCUCGCGGUGAAACGAACGGCAAAGAAGACAGCUUUACCAGCACGCACAGCCCUGCCAAGCAGCGACAGCGACCAAGACAACGGCGGUGCUGGUGGUAAGGAUGUUGAUGAUGAGGAAGAAGGGCACAACCAAGAAGAGGAAGAGGAGGAGGAGGAGGAGCAGCAGCAGCAGGAGCAGGAAGAGCCAGAGGAGAAGGACGACACCGAUGACGAUGAGGUUGAGACAGAGACGGAAGGGAGUGGAGAGGCGGCAUCGUCGUUACGUCAAGGCGGGGAGCAGCCGGCCAAGCGGGCCAAGGUGGUGACGCAGACCAGGCCUGACGACACCGACUUUGCCGAUGGUGAUCAGGACGGCGAGGCGGAUCAGGAAGAGGAGGAAGAGGAGGAGGAAGAGGAAGAAACACAAGGGAAGAGAGAGGCUGCUGCCAGUGACCAGGCCGGCGAUGAUGAUGAUGAUGAUGAUGAUGAUGAUGAUGAUGAUGAUGAUGAUGAUGAUGAUGAUGAUGAUGAUGAUGAUGAUGAUGAUGAUGAUGAUGGUGAUGGUGAUGGUGAUGGUGAUGGUGAUGGUGAUGGUGAUGAUGACGAUGAUUCGGAGUCUGAAACACAGGGCGAACCGCAGAACAGUGCGCGCCCGGCCACGAAGACCGCCACUCGUGGUCGAGGUGGCAGCGAGGAGGAGGAGAAAGAAGCGGAAAAGGAAGCAGAGCAGCAGCAAGCGAAAGUGGACGCUGGGGACGAUGAUUACCAUGAAGAGGAAGAGGAGGAAGAGGAGGAAGAGGAGGAAGAGGAAGAGGGAAGGCGACGAUCCUCACGGCUGCGGCGCGCGAAGAAGCCAUUACGCACACGCAAGUACAUGAGCGAGGAUGAUGAUGAUGAUGAUGGUGACGAUGAUGCAGUGGUGGCACCAGCCGAGGCAGCGAAGAAACGGCACAUGGCCAAAGGCCCUGCCAGUGGUGCUGUAGAUGAUACUGCCAACAGCGAUGAUGACGAGGACGAAGAAAGCUCAUCCUAUGACGAAGAUGAUGAUGAUGAUGAUGAUGAUGAUGAUGAUGACGAUGAUGAUGAUGAUACUGAUGAGCGAGUGGCAGCACGGUCGAGGGUCGGCCCGCAACCACCACGCCGCGGUCGCACGACCAGCGCCCAGGAUUCGCCAACCACGAGCCACGAGGACUACUGCAUCGUGUGUCAGCAGUCUGGGGAGCUGCUAUGCUGCGACGGGUGCCCGCGCGUGUACCAUCUCGACUGCGUGACUCCGCGGCUCGCGGAGGUGCCGGAAGGGGACUGGUUUUGCCCUGCGUGCGCGCGCAACGACCCGUGCACUAUCUGCGGCAAGCCGCUGCCGUGGAAGCCAAUGUCUCAACGACGGGUGUGCGUGCAGUGCGGCGUGCCAAUGCACCCAGCAUGCUUCAAGGCCACCGGCGCACCCAAGGAGUUCCCUGCGGAGCAGCUGCAGCGGCGGUGUCCGGAUUGCUGCCGCUUCCAACGCCCGCACGUGCUCGAAGCGCACUCCCUCCAGGAAAUUGUCGGCCAUCGGUUUGUCGGACCGAAAGUCCGCUGCCCGCCAUCCCCGCGCAAGCACCGGGUGACACAGGCGGCGGUGGCGGUGGCGGUGCGCAGCGGCUCUGGUAGUGCCAGCGGUGAGGGAGAGGCGACAACGAAGCAAAGUGGUGGUGGCAGUGGCAGUGGCAACGACCAAGGUGAAGACGGUGGUGAGAAUGGUACAGGGACCAUGGCAGGUGCGGCAACGCAAGGUGGUGAAGCAUCAGCUGCCCACACGCACGCGAACGGUAAACGCCACUCGCGCAGUGACGGCGACAGCAUCAUCAGCGAUGAUCCGACACCAGUCGCUGUGACGUCAUCGGUCUUCAAGGGCGAUUGGGAGCUCCUCUGCAAGUGGGAGCAGCUGUCGCACCUCCACGACUCCUGGGCACCUCUCAAGUGGCUCAUGACGCAAUUCCCACAGAAGACAAAAAACUACGUGGCGCGUCACGGUCUGGACACAGAUCAUCCAGAAAUGUUCGAUCCGCCGAAGAACACAGCAAAGGCCUGGAUCCCGCCAUCAUACACCGCCCUGGAACGGCUCAUCUCCUUCCGCCACCUCGACGGGCAGAAUUGGUUCCUUGCCAAGUGGCGUGGCCUUGACUACGAGCACGUCACCUGGGAGCAGCCAUCGCUGCUGAAGCGGCUGCCCGGGUACAAGGAGGCCGUGGUGGAGUACAAGCGGCGCCAGCACGGCCUGAAGCCGUUUGUCAAGCGCCGCCCAAAGCCAAACCCAAGCACUUUCAAGGGAUUUACGGAGCAGCCGCCAUACAUUGGCGGCGACGGGCUGCAGCUGCACGAGUACCAGCUGGAGGGCCUCAACUUCCUUGCCGACGCGUGGAUCUCGAACAACAGCGUCAUCCUCGCUGACGAGAUGGGGCUUGGCAAGACGAUCCAGGCCAUUUCGCUCAUCAGUUGGAUGGCGCACGCAUACGGCCGCAUGCAAUUCCUUGUCGUCGUUCCACUCUCCACGUGCAUGAACUGGCAGCGCGAGUUCAAGCUGUGGGCCCCAGACAUUGUGACUGUGGUGUACACCGGGCAUUCGAACGCCAGAAAGAUGAUCGAGGGCUUUGAGCUGCCGAAAGUGAAAGGCAAGCCGCGGUUCCACGUGAUCAUCACCUCGUGGGAGGUUGCCAUGCAUAACGCAUCCGUCCUCAAACACUUUGCGUUUGACCUGCUAGUUGUGGACGAGGGCCACCGGCUGAAGAAUGCGCAGUCGAAGCUGCACCGCGUGCUCAACUCGUUUGCCUGCAAGCACCGAGUGCUGCUCACGGGCACACCGCUGCAGAACAACCUGCAGGAGCUUUACAACUUGCUCAAAUUUCUCGACCCGGCCAAGUUCAAGGACUUUGAGGCUGACCCGGCGCUCGGGGUGGAAGGGAUGCGGCAGAAGAUUGAGGACCUGCGGCCACAGCUGCAGCCGCACCUCCUGCGCCGAACAAAGGCCGAUGUCAUGAAGAAUCUUCCAAAGAAGGUUGAAGUGAUGGUGCCGUGUGAAAUGAGUCAUCUCCAGAAGCAGCUGUACAAGCACGCGCUUGAGAAGAACUACACCGUGCUCACAAACGCAAAGUCCAAGAAGGGUCUAAAGAGCCUGCUGACGAACCUUCGCAAGUGCUCCAAUCACCCGUACCUAUUUGAAGGGACUGAGCCGGAAUUUCCAACGUUGGAUGAGACAAUGGAGCGACUGGUCAAGGCGUCCGGAAAACUGCUGUUGAUGGACAAGAUGCUGACGAAACUGAAAGCAAGCGGACACCGCGUCCUAAUUUUCUCCCAGUGGACCCACGUCUUGGAUAUUCUUGAGGACCUCUUUGUUUACCGCAAGCACAAAUUCUACAGGCUGGAUGGUGACACGGACAUUCUUGAUCGUGAACAGCGCAUCACCGACUUCAAUCGCCCAAACAGCGACGUGUUCGCGUUUCUCCUCAGCACGCGGGCGGGCGGGCUUGGCAUCAACCUCAACACGGCAGACACCGUCUUCAUCUACGACAGCGAUUGGAACCCGCACAUGGACAACCAGGCAAUUGCUCGCGCGCAUCGCAUUGGCCAAAAGCGCCUGGUGAUGGUGUACCGCCUUGUGGCCAAAGGGACCGUUGAUGAGAAGAUUGUCGAGCAAGCGCGCAAGAAGCUCGCACUGGAUGAGGCUGUGGUUGAGCAGAAGCACAAGGCGAUGGAUGCAAAGGACUUGGAGCAGCUGCUUCGUCACGGCGCAGCCCGCAUCUUUCAGGACGAAGAGGAGGAGGAAGGAGAGCCGACCGAUCUUCAAGUGGACGAGGCGCUUGUGGACCAGCUGUUGAAUCGAGAAGGACGAGAGGCAGAGGCCACAACCGACACGGGCGAUGAGAGUGCGCCGAAGGUGUUGGAGGCGUUCAAGGUUGCGCAGGUGUGGAAGAAGCGACAGGCGGAGGCGGCCGAGCGGGAAAAGAAAGAGAAGGAGAAGGAGAAGAACGAGAUCAACGAUACGGACCAUUCAUUCUGGGACAAGCUCCUCAAGGACAAAAUUGCUCGCCAACGAGAAGAGGAGGAGCGGAAGGAGCGAGAGUUGCUGCAAGGGCGGCGACGAACGGCCCUUGAAUCACGUCGAAGAACGAAGGAAGCCCUGGUCAGCGUGAAACCGAAGAAGACCGAGCAGGCAUCCGCAGCCUCAAAACGAGCCCAGCUAGUGGACAAACCGUGGAAGCCCAGCAGCCAUGAUGUCGUAUCAUCGGAUGAAGAGGGCAACGGCGGCCCUGCUGAGCCCAUGACACAUCCGCACGCGCCGCCCACAACGACACAGGCGGCCAUUGUUGUUCGCCGUUCGGACAUACCCAAGAAAGAGGAUCUCUUCCACCGUCUCAGCACCCUCGCUGACACUCCAGGCCUUCUCGGCGUCAACAAAAAGCUCUUCAAGAUGGCAGAUUCAAACUUGCAUUACUACCUCAACUUCUUUUACAUGCGGCUGACGAAGCGGUUUGGGGACCACGUGAUGCGCCAACCAACAAAGGACCAAGUGGUUGUGUCCUUUGAGGAGGCGUGCGUGCUUCGCGUUCAGCGCGGGUUUCCAGCGUGGUUGGCGUCGCAGUGGCAUCAAGAGUUUUGGGAGACAUCGAGGGACGCAUGCAAGUUUACCCUCUCCCCAAAGUUCAGCUUCAUCCCUGGCACCCUCACGCCGACCAUCUACAGCGACCUGGUGCGCAUGUACGAGGCCAUGACCAACCAGUCGUGGAAGUCGCAGGUGGUGCAAUACCCGUCCGCGGGCCAGCAGAUGCUGUUCUACGUUGGGCUGCGUGAACCACUUCCUCCUGACGGCUGGCUCUGGUCAACGACAUACACGCAACUUAUUUCGCUCCAGGAAGCGACAACGGUCACACUAGUCGCUGAUGAGCGAAUUCACCUCUAUGGCAUGCAACCCGGACCGCGCAUUCGAUACAGAAUGUGGCUGAAGACGCAGUCGUCAGAGGUGUGCGGCGUGCUUGCCAUCUACAGCAACGGUCCGCUUGUCCCGGCCGCCACAACGGAAGUGUGGGUGUUGGAGGGCGCCUGGAAGAGCAACGUGCUUGACACGGCGGCCACACAGCGCUUGAUCCAGUUGCUCGCGCUCCCCAUGGAUGACCGUCGCGUUGCAGCUGCAGCAGAACUUGCGGCGUGA